AUGCUCACGUUUGCCUUUGUGCCCCUCGUGCUCUCAUUCACCUGCACGCUCGGUAUCCGCGCUCAGCUCUCUGGCUCCGUAGGCCCGACGACCCCCCUCAGCGAGAAGUCGAACCUGUGCAACGUUCUCGACUAUGGCGGAUCUGUUGGGUCCAGCGACAUCGGCCCUGCUAUUCAAAGCGCGUUUGACGACUGCGUGCUUACGAACUCAAGUGCCUCCACGCUGUAUGUUCCGGAAGGCAACUAUGACAUGCAAACCUGGGUCACUCUCAACGGAGGCACCAAGUGGGCCUUCAGGCUCGACGGUCUUAUAGCGCGUGCAUCUACGACGACGGGAAACAUGAUCGCGAUCGAGGAUGCUGAGGACUUCGAGUUCUAUUCCGCGAACUCUGCCGGCGGUAUCCAGGGUUUGGGCUACGAGUGCCGGAAUGACGGACCACGCCUCAUUCGCAUGGUCACAUCGACGGACUGGUCCCUCCACGACCUCAUCCUUGUCGAUUCACCUGAGUUCCAUCUCGUGGUACAGGGAGGAAGCAGCGGAGAGGUAUACAACCUCGCUAUCCGAGGUGCUGAUAUCGGUGGAUCUGAUGGCGUCGAUGUGUGGGGCGACAAUCAUUGGAUUCACGACGUGGAGGUGACGAACCGUGAUGAGUGCGUCACCGUCAAGAGCCCCGCAUCGAAUAUCCUCGUAGAGCAGAUUUGGUGCAAUCAGAGCGGAGGAAGUGCGAUGGGCAGUCUCGCCAUUAAUACCUCCAUCACGAACAUUCUCUACCGGUACGUCUAUACUGUCGGCGGUAACCAGGCAUACAUGAUCAAAGGUAACGGUGGCUCUGGAACGGUGUCGAACGUUGUCUUCGAGCAUUUCAUCUCUCGGGACACCGCGUACGGUCUGGACAUUAAUGAGUACUGGGCAAGCAUCAGUCCCUUGGAUGGGCCGGGCGUGACGCUAGAGAACAUCACCUUCAAGAAUUGGGACGGCAACGUCGCUGACGGCGUCGAGCGCUCGCCGAUCCAAAUCAUCUGCGCAGACGAGGCGCCGUGCUAUGACAUCACGCUGACGGACGUCUAUAUGUGGUCGCUCACGGACGAGGCGACGAUGAAGUGCGAGAGUGCGUUCGGGAGCGGCGCAUGUCUCAAGUCAGGGAGCAGCUAUACAAGCUACGCGGUGGAGACGACGAGCUACACCCAGCCUAGCGGGUACUCCACGCCGACGACCAUGUCGGGCGACUUGACGGCCGGCUUUGGCAGCACAACAAUCAUCCCGACGCCAACGAUUUCGACGACGUUCUACCCCGGUCGGGCGCAGAUAUCACCCCUUAUGAAGAACCUGUAG